ACUAACAAAGGAGCAGUGAUGCGUAUAAGUGCAGAUAUGGUAAUCAGCUAUGCGAUUUUGAAUCCCGUAUCGCAGGCAACGGCUGGUAGGGAGAAUUUCCAGCGCUCGUUCAAGGAUGACCAGCGUUCGUACCGCAUGGAAGAGCAGACUAGCGCCACAGUGAUGCCGAUGCCUCAGCAGUAA